GCGAUAAAUACGUCACGGGCGGAGGAAAAUUGGGGAUUGAUUUUUUUUCCCCUCUCUUUCCCGGCGGGGAGGCGCGGAGCAGCCGCGACCGCGAGAAAGAAAAGGAAGCCGACGCCACGCACGCCAUCGCCGCCUCUAUCCUCGUCCUCUCCCUCCCCCUCUCUCUCUCCCUGCUCCACCUCCACCAACCAAUACACACCUCCCUCUCUAAAUACCACUCCGUCCGAGAGCACAAAGCAGGGUAUCUUCCUUUUAAAAGAAAUCUUGGCUGGGUGUUGACGCACGCAGCCGGCGGCAACCUGUGCGGGGAGCGCCAAGGGCUCCAGGAAAGAAUCGGCGGCGGGCUCGCGAUCGGGAAGGGGAGCGGGGCGCAUGCGCGAGCACUGGCACGGCGACGGCGACGGCGACGGCGAGGACGAGCAUGAGCCCCAGCCGGGGUGCGGGGAGGGCGCGGGGCAGGCGGCGGCGAACUGCGCGGCGGUGUGCUGCUGCUGCCCGCUGGCGCUGCUCGACGUGCUGCUGCUCGUCACCGUCCGGCUCCCCGCGGGCGUCAUGCGGCGGGUGAGGAGGAGGCGCCGGCGCCGCCGCGGCCACGGAGGUGCCGGAGCCAACCGGAAGAGGCCGGCGCCCGCGUCGCCUUCGGGAAGCAGCGGCAAGGCGAUGAUCGGAGCGGCGACGCUAGACAUCGACGAGGAGGCGCGCGGCGAGGUGGAGUCGGCGGCGGCGGCGGAGCUGGAGCGCGAGAUCAUGAGCUCGCACUUCUACGGCGCCGGCUUCUGGCGCAGCGUCUCCUCCAACUCCAGCUCCUCGUCCAGGCGCUACCAAUAGAUGCGCGUUCUGGCGUAAAUAGUGAGCACUCGGUCGCUACUAAACUACCCACGAUUACUCCAUCUGUUCUUGGAGUCUCCUCCAACUGCCAGUCAGCGCAGCAUGCAUGGCAAAAGGAGCAGCAGCCUUCGGCAUCGUGCAAGUGCACUUAUUCUGAAUGGACACGUGCGAAACUGGCACGUGCGGGUUGCAUCAUUGUACUGCUACGCCAUUGUCUCGAGCAUGGACCACGCCAGCAGCUGCAGCUUGGGAUGGAGAAGCGAAAGGGGUCAGUGAUUGUGCUUAGGUUUUUCAUCUCUCUCCUAAUCUUUUUUGUGUAACUGGAGCAGGAAAUGCUGAAACCUCAAGCUUCUGUCC